CACUUAAUUAAUUUUCUGAGUUCACUGAACUAAUCUCUUCUCUCCAAAUUUCACAAUGAUGCCAAAUCUCAUAACACCAAACUCUUCUCAUUCCUUCACUCCAUUUCUUUCAGUCUCUUCAAAGAACCCUAUUUUAAUUCCAAAAUCUUCAAUUUCGCUGCGCAAAUUCCUCCCUUUGACCUCCCACUUAAUAAGAAAACACUGUCUUUUGCCCCCAAUAUGCUCUUCAACAACUCCAUCUACACCACACUCCUUCAAUGAACAACCAACAUCAAACCCCGUACCAGAAAGUUCAGUCCCUGAAGAGGAUUUGCAAACUGAAUUCAAUGUACAAGUUGCAAGUCCCACUGUUCCCUCGUAUCUUCGGCCCGCUAAACUAAGCUUGAGUGAUCAAGCUUUCUUUUUGCUGGCUUUUAUUGCUUGCACGACGUCUGUUGCUUUCACAAGCCUCGUUAUUGCUGCUGUUCCCACUCUCCUUGCAAUGGGGAGAGCAGCAACAUCUCUUGCAAAGCUAGCAGAUACUGCUCGUGAGGACCUUCCCAGUACAAUGGCUGCAAUUAGGCUUUCAGGCAUGGAAAUCAGUGAUCUCACCCUGGAACUGAGUGACUUAAGCCAAGAAAUUGCUGAUGGGGUCAACAAAUCAGCCCAAGCUGUGCAGGCAGCAGAAGCUGGAGUCCGACAGAUUGGUACACUUGCUCGCCAACAAACAAUCUCAAUGAUUCAAGAAAGAGCAAGUCUGCCUAUCAUCUCUUUGCAACCUGUUGUAGCCGGGGCUGCAAAGAAGACCUCCCAUGCUGUUGGCCAAGCUACAAAGACAUUCAUGAAUAUGAUCUCUAGAGGGGAGUUCAGAGCCGGGAAUGGAGAUGACAAUGGAAUUGAUAGGUUGGAAAUCUAAAGAAGUAGGCUUACUGCCUGUGUAAAUAGAUAAAAGAAACUAAGGUAUCAGCCCAAAUGGUUGAUUAAAUUCUAAAUAUCAAAGAAAUGGAGAAGUCCAUUUGUUCCACACCACUGCCAUAUGAAAUGCAGGACAUCCUGAUAUUUCCUUGGUUUUUGCCAUUUUUAUCCAACAAUGAGGAAUAUUCAUGAAUUACAAUACAGCUUCAACUUUGAUUCAUUUGUUAA